AUGGUGGCGAAUGCCUGGAAGCUAUGUGAGGAGCUUGAGCAAUACAGCCUUGUUGCCUUGAAGCUCCACACCGGGCGCACGCACCAGAUUCGUGUGCACAUGCAGUCGAUCGGCCACCCUCUGAUUACUGAUGCCAAGUAUGCAGAGGACAGGUUGAACGAUGACAAAGCAUGGUGUCCCCGCAAUUUUCUGCACACCUAUCGCUUGGCGUUCCGGGACGUGCCCAAUGAGAAAGACCUCGACUCGUCCGGAUACGGUCCUGUUCGGGAGCUGAUUUCCCCGCUGCCAUCUGAUUUGAGGGCAGUGCUGGAGCUCCUGAAGCCGGUAGAUGCAUCGUCACAGCCGCACUAUGAGGACUGGCUGAGUGGAGAUGGCGGGCGACUUCGCCCCUUCGAACAGCUAGAGCCAACGUCACGGUGA